AUGAAGCUCAACAUCGCGAACCCGCAAACGGGCGCGCAAAAGAAGAUCGAGAUCACGGACGAGAACAAGCUCCGCGCGUUCUACGACAAGCGCAUCUCCGCGGAGGUCGAGGGUGACGACCUUGGCGAUGAAUGGAAGGGAUACGUCUUCAAGAUCAUGGGUGGUAACGACAAGCAAGGCUUCGGCAUGAAGCAAGGCGUGUUGACGAACCAACGUGUGUUCUUGCUCAUGUCCCAAGGCACGAGCGGCUUCCGCGGCCACGGCCGACGCAAGGGUGAACGCCGACGCAAGGCGUGCCGUGGUUGCAUCGUCUCCCAAGACAUUGCCGUGUUGAACUUGGUCAUUGUCAAGCAAGGCGACGCCGACGUCGCGGGCCUCACCGAUACCGAAGUGCCGCGUCUCCGUGGUCCGAAGCGUGCGAGCAAGAUUCGUAAGCUCUUCGCUUUGACCAAAGAAGAUGACGUCCGCCAAUACGUCAACACCUACCGCCGUGAAUUCGAAUCCGCCACGGGCAAGAAGAAGUCCAAGGCUCCGAAGAUCCAACGCCUCGUGACCCCGCUCGUCAUCAAGCGCAAGCACGCGCGACAAGCGGCCAAGAAGGCCAAGCAAGCCAAGUCAAAGUCAGAGGCUGCGGAAUACCACAAGCUCCUCGCCCUUCGUCUUCGUGAGCAACGCGAGCGCCGAAGCGAAUCUCUCGCCAAGCGCCGCGCGUCUUCCGUCGCGAAGAAGGCGUAA